ACUAAUAUUAUAAAUAACAUUGCUUCAGCUUCAAAUAAUUUACCCAGUAGGCCUAGCACAAAUGCAUUUAGUAUACUUAUGGGGAAUAGGUGUAAAGUUGUUUUACCAGACAAACCUAAGACAGAUGGUGCCAAGAAACUUUCUGGCCCUCAAAGACUUUUAUGUCAUGUAAUUGACCUAAUGGAGUCCAAAGGAUGUGGCUGGACUGUAGAUUGCCUGGAUACAGCUAACUUUGUUGCAAAGUCAUUAAGAGACACAUUGUGGUACAUCGACCAUGCCCAUAAAAAACUAUCAGAUAGUGCUUGUCAUGUUCCAAAGAUCUUUGAUAAAUUUCAGGGUUAUAAUGAGUUCAAAAAGAUACAUCAUCGACCCCCCAUCAUCACAUCUCAAAGAUUAAAUGAGCUCUCUGUUGACUUGUCAAAAUCAUUAUCAUUUCCCUCCAUUUUAUCUUCAAGGAAUAAAAAAUUCAGUGAUGACAUAGAACAACUUCUGGAAUGCAUAACUAAAUACAAAACACGUUUAGACAAGGACAAUAUUCAACAUAAAGAGUCGUAUCAGUCAGGUGACACACCAAGGCGUUCUCUUGAAUCCGAUACAUCUUUGAAAUACAUACCUCCAACUACUGAGAGUCGUGAGUCCUAUGGAACAUUACAAUCUGACCUUAAUAAAAUUGAUGACUAUAGAUUUGUUGACCUUGAUAAAUAUGCACCUGAAGAUAGGGUUAAAAGAAGGAUGUUCAUAAAAAAUCUAGAAAUUGAAGUACCCAUAAUGUUGUAUAGAAUGGCUUAUGGUGGCUCCAUUGGAACCUUAAAUUUUAUAUGGAAGGUACCAGAGGAACAGAGUAGUUAUCGUGAAACAAGAAAUGUCAAAAUUGUAAAUAAGAUAAACGCAACAUUGCCCAAGUUUUCCACUAGGUCUAUGCGCAGAGAUUUUUUAAACAGAUAUUGUAAACUUGUAAAAUCACCUAGGUCUGUAUUGAGAAAUAUUUUUUUUGAGUUAACUGGUUGUGAAGCUGUAUCUGAAACCAAGGAGCAAGCAGAAGUUGAUGAGCGCGUAACUGAACUAUUGCUUAAUAGUGAUGAUUCAAACCUACUCCUUGAUUAUAGGACACUGAAUGGAAAAGAUAUUGAUACCAAAUUUGGGACAUUUUUCGAGGAAAUGGGUAAAUUUUUUGAUGAACAGAUUCUUCAGGUAAAUGAAAGGCGACGAGGUCAGGAGCUAUAUUUACCAAUGGCUAUCUCAUUGGAAGAUCUAAGAAACCAGAUCGUGAAACGAUUGCCUAAUGACACACCUAUACCUUGUACAGAAACUAUAAGAUUACAAUUCCAACCAAACAGCGCUUUUCAAAAAUCAGCAUUAAAAUACUCAUGUAGAUUUAAUGUAAAAUUCCGUGUUCAGACAAGACAAGCAAGAGUUUCGCACCCAGAUGCAAGAUAUGUUGCCACAUCAUUAAAAUAUCUCAAAGAGUUCUGUGUAAAAAACAGGAAGUAUUCCACAUUUGUUUGUUUAGAUGACAAAGCUAUUGUUCCGGUUGGAGAACCUGGUGUACCAAUUAGCACUGGAGUUCGUGGUCACAACAAAGUGCUUGCUCCAGCAGAUGGUCCGAAAUUAGUAGCCACAGAUCACGAUUUUCAUCUUGGUGGCCUUGUUCCCUCUGUGGCUUUUGUAAGCGAUAUUCCAAAGAACUCAAAUGAUAGCUUCUUCAAUGGACAUAUAUAUGUUACAACUAAAGAUAAAGUUUUCCAAGCAUCUACACCUUAUCGUCAUGCAACUGAGCUAACAAGAAUUUUAAGAGAGAACUACUCUGAUGAUGAUGUCAAUCUAGAAACACCCAUACUAUGUUUAAUGACAGAUGGAGGUCCUGAUCAUAGGGUAACUUUCGGGACUGUCCAGCUAUCACUGAUUCAGCUAUUUAUCGCAUUAGAUCUAGAUAUGCUCAUAGCAUUAAGAACAGCACCGAAUCACAGCUGGAUGAAUCCAGCAGAGCGUUGUAUGUCAAUUUUAAAUUUAUCCCUGCAACAUUGUGCACUUUCAAGGAAAGAGAUGCCUGAGACCUUUGAAAAAGCAGUUAAACACAAGUCCACUCUUACAGCUGUCAGAAACUUGGCCUUCAUAAAAACUGGGUUCAGAGAGGCUUAUGAUGAAUCUAUCAAAAGUGUUAUUGAUAUAGUUAACUCUAGAUUUGAGAGGAUGAGAUUUAAGGAUGAUUACCUCACAACUUAUAAAGGAGUCACAGAAAACCAGAUCAUGGAUGCUCUUGAAGUGGUUUGCCAGGUCUUGAAUAAAGAAUUAAAGGUAGACAUGUCUAGUGGAGAAUUGCGCAAGGUUAAACAAGUGCAGGAUUUUAUAGCCCGGCAUGGAAGGAGCAGUCAUUAUGCAUUCCAGCUGAAAAAGUGCAAUGAUUGUCCUUACUGUGAAAUCAACCCCCCAAGGAUACCAGAGGACAAAUUUCAGGACCUGCAUUUCCUACCCAACCCUGUGCCUGGAGAAAACAACCAAUAUAAGUCUUUCUCAGAGCUUUAUGGACAAAAUACUGGAGAGGAACAACACAGACCGGGGGCGGCACAUAAAGCAGAAGAGAAUGAAAAUGAUAAACAACGUAGAGAUUUAUUCAAAAACAACAAAGUCCGAGAAGUAAUUUUGUGCAGUGAAUGCUCAAAACCACGCUGUAUUUUCAGUGAAAAGAAAUUGUCCAGGGAACAGGAUGAACUGAUUCUCAGAUUAAAAGAAGAUUCCUUUUACACAUGUGGUGGGGCUUUGGUCCAAGAUGACUCAGAAACUGUUGACAUUGUUGUUAGAGAGGCACUGGCAUGUAAUUCACCAAUUGAAACGACAUAUUACAGUGCCUCACUAAAGCACUAUCUUCCCCCUGUGUGUGUUCAUUGCGGAACAGCUGAGGACCUCCUAGAUGAUAAUAACCCGUAUAUAUCAGCACUCUACGAACAAUAUUCUGUCGUACGACCUCUAUGUGAAGUGUGUAGAAAUUCAGGAAAGGACACAAAAACAUGGGGAAAAAAAUUUGUUGGGAAAAAGGCAAAGCAUUAACUUUGUAAGCUGGGGCAUCCAUUGUGUAAAUUUGUUUGAUAUCAGAGAUAAAUUAAACAAUUGCACUCA